GAUUUAAAAAUAUGCACAUGUAUUUAGUUAUAUGCUCUGUUUAUUAAUUAAUUGAAAAUCUCACAUUGCAGUCACCAGUUAAUAGCCGAAGUCAAUCUGGCGCCGGCUGUGAAUAAAAUGCUGUCGAAUUGUGAUGAGAUCAUUCGCCAGCACAAAGCCGCCUGCUUACGUGUCACAUCGUUGCUAUCCUGCAGAGACCUCAUUUGGAUCGGCACAAGUGCAGGCGUCUUGCUCACAAUUCCGGCGCAGGGCUUCGAGAAGGGAGUGCAAAAUGUUGUGCCUACUGGAAUACCGCACGGCCACACGGGACAUGUGCGCUUCCUGACAUUUGUUGAGACCAGCGGUCUAACUUCGGAAGUCAGUUGCAGUAGCACAGGCUCAGCAGGCCGUGAUACCGAAAAUGCGGGGAGCAGUAGUGAGUACAGGAGCCAAAGUUCUGCGAAGCAUUUGAAGCCAAAGCCGGAAUCCAGUACUAUUCUAGUAAUUUCUGGUGGCGAUGGCUACGAAGACUUCCGUAACUCGGGCGCGAAUUCAUUAAGCGAAAUCGCCGGUCGUGAGGACAGCACCAAUCAUUUGCUUAUAUGGCAAAUUUGAAGUAGGCGCCGCAAGAAUCGCUGGAAGGAACUACUUUCACGGUGGAAAAACAACAACUAGUGGUGGCAGCGUAGACCGGGCGGGUACCGGCGAAAGCGUGGAAUCAAUCGACACACGAGCACAAGCAUCUAAAUAUGUAGAAUGCAAUGACUUAGUGACGAUAUACACACUUUCUGGCAAAGAGGCAAUUUUAUGCGUUAAUACGUUUCCUGCUUCGCGACUACCGAACGGAUAAUGAAACAAAACAUAAACACACAAACAACGCAAACAAGCGUUGAUAUCCAAAAAAAACGGGAUAAUUUGUAAUCGGAUAAUUGUUUGCACACUUUUAUUUUUACUGACUACGCCAAUUGGGCUAUGCGAAUGUAAAAUUUCGACUCGUAGACUUAAAUACCUACUAGUUAUUGAGAUUAUGUAUUAUUGCUGAAAAGCUCACAUACACAACACACGCCUACGUACAUUCAUAUAGGCAUACAUCAACGGCGGCACUUGUUUUGCCGCCCAAACGAUUCUAAUAAUUCGAAAAGCGAGAAUACAAAUAUGUUUUAAAUAAUGGAUAAGGUUAUAAAACAAUUUUACAUAUACAUACAUAUGUAUAGAAUGUAAGUGUUUGUUUAUACGUUUUAACAUUUGCGUAAACUUUAAAUUUCGUUCCGACGUUUUCAACUACCAAAUUUUUACAUACAUACAUAUGCCCACAGAUAUGUAUGUAUAAAUAUGAAAAAUAUACACACGCUCAUACAUACUUACCCCUAUGUACUUAGAAUUGAUGGUAAGUGCGUGAGGUGCGUACCGAGCCCUAACCGCCAAAAAGACGUAAGCGACUUUUUUCAAAAUUUUAUUUUUGAUUCAGAAAUGCAUUUAGAUGUUCUAGGAAUAUUUCUGCAUCAAAAAGAAAAUUUUGAAAAAAAUGUCGCUUACGUAUUUUUGUCGGUAAGGGCUCGAUAUGUACAUAUCUACAUUCAUACCUUAGUAUAGAAAGGCCCUUUCUAAAGCUUUUGUGACUUUACAGAGUAGCUACAACACUUUAAAAAACUGAAGUUCUUAAGUUGGAAAUUCCUUCAAAAUCCUGGGUGUAAUAAACUUUCAAACUAAUUUAUUGAUGUAGUAGUUGUUUUUAAAUUAUUUUAGGCAGUUCGAAAGAAAAUGAGUUAGGAACUUUCUAUAUUAAGGUAAGGUUAUGUAUAUAUUGAAAAUUACUUGUGGACAAUUGAAAAAAAAAAAACAAUUUAAGUCAAGUUCGGUUAUUGUUUUUUGUUUUCAUUUAAAGCAUUUAAUCGUUUCGUGUGCAAUUCUUAAAGUAUUAUCUGCUCAUAAAUGUUGUUUCAGAUUUCGAGUUAGUAAAAGUUCGAACGAAAUAUAGGCUCUGAGUGCGAAAGCGUUAUUUAUGUAUUUACGCUAAAUCAAAACUUCUGAAAUCACUUAAAAUAUUUUUUUCAAAGACUUCAGCUAUACAUAUAUAUAUACUUGUAUACAUAUGGAUGCACAGUUAAUUAAAAUUUAUUUAGUGAAUUUCAGUGUACCUAUGUAUAACUUUUUAUCAAAUUUGUUAGAAAGAAAAUUCAAAAGUACAGGCGUACUUACAUACAUAUGUAUGUAUAUACAAACUAAGCAUCCACCUAAAUAUACACAUAUACAUAAUUGAAACAAGCAUAUGAAUAUACUGAAGCUGAAACUGAACAAUGUGCCAAAAUGUGUUUCCUUUGCUAUACUAAUAGAUAAUAAAAAAGUUAAUUAAAGGUAUACAUACACACAUACAUACAUACAUAUAUACUAUGUACUUAGACAAAUCACCAUUUACAUCUAGCUUGUGAGAGUUGUUUGAGAUUUUUUUGAGAUUUUUUUUCUUAAAAAAUCCUUUUGCAUUUUAAGCUUGGUAAGAAUCAAAGAAAACUGUAACAGCAUAUGUAUAAUUCAUGGAAAGAAUAUACAUAUAUACAUAUACAUAUGUAGAUGUUUAAGCAUACUUUCAUACCUAAUAAGUAGCAUAUUAACGGGUACUGAUGCAUAAAUACAUACAUACAUAGAUCCCAAAAAAAUAUUUUUGAACCGAUUGAACAAUAAUUGAAUAAAUUGAUACUACUUAAUAACUAUUUACAAUAAACGAGUACAAUGAGCUGAAGAUAGAUUGUAUUUGUAACUGUUUAUAUUAUGCAAAUAAGUAUGCUAAAUUAAAGCAAAUCUAACAAUUUUUAAAUGUAUUUAAAGCUAUCAAAAUAAAAUGAAACAAAUGCAGUUAUUGUACAGCUGAGUAUAUGUAUAUUCGGAAAAAAGUUCGUUUCUACUAAAAAAGGUUACCUUCUGUUUGCCCUCUAUGCACAAAUUCUAAGAAGAGGACUAUGAGAAGGCAAGACUUUUUGUAGAAACGAAAACGCCAUUAUUUAAAGCCAAGACUAAUAGCACAUAUGUAUUUAAGUAUAUGCAUGCAUACAUACAUACAUAUGUUUGUAUAUGGAUAUGUAAAUACCCAGUAGAAAUCGGUUGUAUGCAUUCAUGAAGUAUGCCUGCUGUGUGAGUAAAAUAGUGUGAACAACUCAUGUGUUGUCAUGAAUUUCCACAAAUAAAUUGAAAUUCCAGCGAACUGCAAGCGUGCGUUUUUUUAAAUACAUU